UUUUGAACACCCUAUAUCUCUGUAAUCAUUCCCGCUAGACCCCAAGUGUGAUGCAUUGAUGAAAUCAGCUAUUCAGGGAUAAUCUAAAAAUGCAAUGAAAUACAGGGUGUUCCUUUUAAAAAAAUCAACUUGUACCCUGUCGAUCGUUUGUUCCGAGCACCCUGUAUUUUCUGAUAUAGCGGAAAAAAACUUAAUCAAAUGAUUCUUCAAAUUUUGCGAUCGGUUCAAAAAUAACCGAGCUAGAGGGGGGGACAUUUAUGGUGAAUCACCCUGUACAUGGAAUAUAAUGUUAAUUCAUUUGAUUUCGAUACCUACAUACCUACCUAUCUAUAGAUAUAGUCUGCUAGAUCUUGUAAAAACUAUCCGAACAUACCUAUAGCUAUACCUAACGAAUGAACGUGUUACAAUAAGCACCUAUAUACCCGAUUCACCCUGUAUUCAUUUUUCUAAUAUUAUUCCGUGUCCACUUACCUCAUCCAUUCGAUGAAUUGUUCAUAAGAUGGAAUUUCAACAUUUUCCUUAACCAACGUUAAGUCAUGCGAAUUCUUCAAAUGAUUUUCGAAUUGAUCAUUCAUAAUUUUUCGAUUGCAUAAUGGGCAAUCAGAUGAUUUCACCGCACUAUUUGAAGGUAAAUUGCAACAUUUUUUUUUAUGGGCCGUAAAAUUUUUCUCAACAUUGAACUUCGAACUGCAUCUGUCACAAAUAAACUUGUACACUUUCCCACUUAUUUUUGAUGGGGCUAUCUUAGUUGGAUGAGACUUCAAACAAUGCCUUCUGAGACUUUGAAAACAGCUGAACGUUUUUGUACAUUCUGCACAACAGUUUGAUAAUUCCAUUUUUAUAGGUACUUAGUUAUGUGUGAAACGCACGUUGACCAAACUAUAUCAUAAAUGAGUAGGUAUUCUGAUAAUAGUUGUAUGUCAAACGACUAUACACUCCUCCUCUUGAUACAUAAUUCGGCGCCAAUUAAGGGUAUUGGCUUUUUACCUACCAAUAAUAAUAUUACAUUACUGUUUCGCUCCUUCGCUCCAACGUUGAUGUGAUGUUUGCCCGCGUCCGCGUCUCGCUUGGCUCGGUUCUCCCACUACGUUGUUUUUGUUAAUCCUCCUUGCGGCAGACGCUAGUAACACUGACGUCAGGCCAGGUGAAUAUGGAGGCAACCUUAUAGAGUUAAAUAGCCUUGGUUGAACACGAGUAGAUGAUCCGAGUUUUUUGUCACGUGACCUAUCUGGAUCGAGUUAUCAACCGAGAGUAAGUUUCCGAAAUCGCCUUAUUAGUCGUUGAAGUAGUCCAUUGGAAUUUAUGAGUUUUCUGUGGUUUAGAUAUUUUGAUGUCUGAAUAACAUGUGUGUCUAAAAAAAACCCUCUUUAAUUUUUUGUGGGAUUCUUGCGGUGAUCGUUGAGAGGUGCACAUCGUUGACCUGUUCCUAUCUUGAUCCUAACCUAAGAAAAGUAGAUAUUAACAAAUAAAUUGUUGGGAUACAUAGUUAAUAUUCCAUUAAUGUACAUAACAUUUACUCGUACUAAUGGGAACUAACAAACAACCCUACCCAUAAAUCCAAAAAAUCCCAAGUAUAAAUAUCAGCACCUGGAAACAAACCCACCUGAUCUGGUGAAAUUGACACCGCAAGGAGUCAGAAAACCAAGAAAUACAAAAGAAGAAGAAAAGAAGAUUUUUUUGUGCCCACCUGUUGCUUCUUAGUUUUGUUUCAUGAUAAGUUGAUUUAUGCUGAGAUCUUGAAUUUAAAUGGUUUAUUUCAAGUCUAUCAAAAUGUUUCAGUUGAACAGGACCAUGUCCAUAGCCACAAGUUGUAUACAAAACUUCAAGGCUUCUUAUUUUUGUACAAGAUGUUUAUCCACUGCACGUACCAUUAAUCCUGAUGAUAUUAUUGCAAAAGAUGUAGAUGAUAAAGGAGUUGUAACAUUGAAUAGGCCAAAAUCAUUGAAUGCUAUCACCUAUUCUAUGAUAACAAAAUUGCAUAAAAUUUUGAAAGAUUGGGAAUCUAAGAAAACACUGGCAAUAAUCAAAGGAGCUGGUGAAAGAGCAUUUUGCUCUGGUGGUGAUGUUCCAGUCUUAGCUAAAGCAGAAUUGAGUGGAGAUAAAUUUGGACAAGAAUUUUUCAAGUAUGUUUUCAGAACAAUUGGAUUGAUAGGAUCAUACAGGAUUCCUUAUAUAUCUUUCAUUGAUGGAAUAGUAGUGGGGGGUGGUUUUGGUCUAUCUGUACAUGGUCACUACAGAGUUGCUACUGAAAGAACUCUUUUUGCAUUGCCUGAAACUCAAAUUGGCUUCUUCACAGAUGUGGGCGGGUCUCAUUUCUUGCCCAGGCUGAGAGGAAAAUUGGGAUAUUACUUGGCUCUGACCGGACAUAGAUUGAAGGGAUCAGACGUCCUCCGCGCUGGCAUAGCCACCCACCUUUGCAGAAGUAGCGAUCUGAACGAUUUGGAACAGGCUUUGAUGAAAUGCUCCAACCAUGAGGAUAUACAGAAAACGUUGAACCAGUUUGCCGAGAAAGAUGUACCGGCAUUUUCUCUGGAUCCUUUCUUGGUUAAGAUCGACGAUUAUUUCUCCUCGGCUAGUAUGGAAGAGAUAACAGCAAAAUUGACUGAAGAUGGAUCAGAAUGGGCUAACGAAACCAUCAAGAGUUUGAAUAGGAUGUCCCCAACUAGUCUGAAAGUGGUGCUCAGGCAGCUCAAGAUGGGCGAGAGUAUGAAUUUGAAGGAUUGCCUGGAUAUGGAGUACAUCCUGGUUUUGAAUUUCUUGAACAACAGAAAAGAUUUUUACGAAGGUGUCAGAGCAUUUUUGGUAGACAAAGAUAAGAAACCAAAGUGGGAUCCCCCUACAUUACCGCAAGUGUCUGAAGAUAUAGUAGAUUAUCAUUUUGCAAAAGUGCCUAAUGUAGGUUCGAUAUUCAAAAAUUAACCGUGAUAAUGUUUGUAUUUUGCCAGAGCGGCUGCCGUGUGUACAAUUAAAUCUAUAUUGAAUCUAUAUAAUAUAUUUUCAUUGUUGUAAUAUUCUGAAAAUAUAUUUACCUUAUUGUAUAGUCGUCUUUUCUUUAACUCUUCGUCUAAAAUAUUGAUAUUUAGCCCACA